GUGAGCUUGAUAUUUAAAGGCAAACUCGAUGCAGCUCGCGAUAAUCGAGUGCUCGGUAUCCUCCUAGAAAAGACUUUUUACCGGUUUCCUCGAUUUCGAGAUUCAUCAUGACGACCUACACCGAUAAAGGACUCCAGCCCAUUGGAGGAAAAUUUCUCAGUUUCGAUCACAUAAGAUUCUGGGUCGGAAAUGCAAAGCAGGCCGCCAGUUUCUACCGAUGCAGAAUGGGAUUCGAGCCGUUUGGAUAUCGCGGUUUGGAGACUGGCUCCAGACGAACAGCCGCGUACGCCGUCAGACAGAACAAAAUAGUGUUUGUAUUCGAAUCUCCGUACGAGCCUGAUAACGAAGAAAUGUCGGAGCAUCUUUCUCGACAUGGGGACGGCGUGCGAGAUGUGGCGUUCAACGUUGAAGACGUCGACACCAUUGUGAUGAUUGCUAAGGAGAGGGGCGCUGAAAUAGUGCGCGACGUAUGGGAGGAAAGCGACGAACACGGCACCGUGAGGAUGGCCACUAUGAAAACCUAUGGCGAUACACUCCAUACGUUAGUCGACAGGACGAGGUACAAGGGCUUCUUCUUGCCGGGCUUUGUGAGGUCACCGAAGGAUGCUCUUAUCGAACAAUUGCCGCGAAUACAUUUGAAUUUCGUGGACCAUGUGGUGGGUAAUCAGCCCGACAGUCAGAUGGAACCCGUCGCGGAAUGGUACGAGAAGUGUUUACAGUUCCACAGAUUCUGGUCGGUGGACGACACGCAGCUGCACACGGAAUAUUCCGCGCUACGGUCCAUCGUGAUGACGAACUGGGAGGAGACGGUGAAGAUGCCCAUCAACGAGCCCGCGCCAGGGAAGAAACGAUCCCAGAUUCAGGAGUACGUCGAGUACUACGGAGGCGCCGGCGUGCAGCAUAUCGCCCUCAAUACCGGCGAUAUUAUUACAGCGAUAACAAAUCUGCGUGCCAGAGGGAUGGAGUUUCUCGAUGUACCCGACAGUUAUUACGACAUGCUCAGAAACCGUCUGGAAGCCAGUGGCACGAAAAUCGUAGAGGACUUGGAUAUACUACAGAAAUUAAAGAUAUUAAUAGACUACGACGAGAACGGAUACCUUCUACAAAUAUUCACGAAAAACAUGCAGGACCGGCCAACGCUGUUCAUAGAAGUCAUACAGAGGCGCAACCAUAACGGUUUCGGCGCCGGCAAUUUCCAAGCAUUGUUCGAAGCGAUCGAAUUGGAGCAAGCGAAACGUGGGAAUCUGUAGAAUGCCAACAUUGCUGAUAUAUUUGUAAAAUUAGAACCGUUAGCCCGCAUAAAGUAAAUCCUAUGAAAGAGUGACGGACGAGUAUCUUUGUACUUAAUUGUAUUAGUCUACUUAUUAUAAUGAGAUAUCACAUUAAAAAGUGUGUUUAUGUAUAU